GUUUUCGUAACGUAACUCAUGUACAAUGGAUGAGAUAAAGGUGUUGGAUUCAAAUUUGUGAAGAUGAUAAAAUGUCUUCGUGUCGUAACACACUUUGCUAAGUGAUACCAAGUGAGCUGUGUUUCCAACAAUUUUAUUCUUUUAUUGGUUUAAGCGACGUCAUAGGUUCCAAAUAUGACCUUUAUUUUCCCUACUUGUCCCCCAUCGUCAAUCUCCCGAGCCAUAUGAUUAUUUGUGUUAAAAGUGACAUAUUCAUCAAGAGGCAAGCUUCCUGAUACAGGAACAUGUCUUUCCCAAACUGGGUGUACCAUGCGAGUGCUCUGGGGACCAUAGGCCUGGGCUCUCUUUUGCUGAGAGAUUACCUGUCUGGCAAAGUGUUUCAAGGUGAGGAAUUGUUAAUGGGGAAAACUGCCAUCGUGACAGGGGCUAACUCAGGAAUAGGCAAGGAGACAGCCAAGGACUUUGCUAAAAGAGGAGCUAAAGUCAUCAUGGCCUGUAGAGAUUUGGAGAAGUGUGCCACAGCACAGGAAGACAUCAUACAAGAAACCCACAACCAGAGAGUCGUCUGCAAGAGGCUGGAUCUAGCAAGCUUAAAAUCAAUCCAAGAGUUUGCAGACAGUGUAAAGAAAGAGGAGAAAUUUCUGGACAUUUUGGUCAACAAUGCUGGGGUGAUGCACUGUCCUUACCAAAAAACUGAAGAUGGAUUUGAGUAUCAUUUGGGUGUGAAUUAUCUAGGUCCAGUUUACCUGACAAUGUCCCUGCUAGACCUCAUGAUAAAGUCAGCUCCUAGUCGCAUCAUCAAUGUAUCAAGUGUUGUUCAUCAGGCAGGACACAUAAAUUUUAAAGAUUUCAACUCUGAUGAGGGCUACCAUUUGACAUUGGCAUACAACCAGAGCAAACUGGCAAUUUUAAUGUUUACAAAGGAGCUGGCCAAACAAUUGCAAGGUACCAAGUUAACAGUGAAUGCUUUACAUCCUGGUAUCUGUGACACGGAGAUUGGCCGACACCUGAAGUGGAACAACACCGCCUCAGAGGUUCUGUCAUUUCCCCUGAGAUCCAUCUUCCUCCGUAAUUCGUAUCGAGGUGCUCAGACCUCCAUCUUCCUGGCUGUCAGUCCUGAAGUGGAGAAAGUCUCAGGCAAAUAUUUCAGUGAUUGUAAAGAAAAAAAGGUGACUUCAGAACAGUUUUUGAACGAUGAGGAUUGUAAACGGCUGUGGCUGAUGACAUUAAAGAUGAUUAAAUUAAUCUGAUAUUCAGCAGUAUGAAUGGAUUCACUGUGUGCAUUGUGUAUGUGUGAAUGUGACAGAGGAAAGUGAUCUUAUCAAUAAAAGUUUUUAAAAUAAA